GUGGGGGCAGAGAGAUCUCAGAGGCUCUCAGCAUCUCCCGCUUACGUCCUCUGAUUCCCCAGGUUUAUUCCCUUCUCUCAUUUUCCUUUAUAUUUCCACGUCUUCCGCUCUCUCCCUUUCAUAAUUUUCUCUUCCAAACCAAAUUUUCCUGAGAAAAUCUUUGCAUUAUCUACCCACUACCCAAUCAAACUAUGACAGCUUCUUGUUGCGAGAAUUCUGUGGACAGCAAAUGUUCUCUUGUUGGACUUGCUCCACUUGAAGCUGUACUAUUUGAUAUAGAUGGAACUCUGUGUGAUUCAGAUCCACUUCAUCAUCAAGCCUUCAGAGAAAUGCUUCAAGAGAUUGGUUUCAAUGGAGGUGUUCCAAUUAAUGAGGAGUUCUUUAUUGAGAAUAUUGCUGGCAAGCAUAAUGAUGAUAUUGCUGCACGACUCUUUCCUGAUGAUCUCCAACGAGGCUUAAAGUUUGUCGACGUAAAGGAAGCCUUGUUUCGUAGAUUGGCAAAAGAACAAUUGAAGGCUAUUGAUGGCCUUUACAAAUUGAAGAAAUGGAUUGAAGACCGUGGAUUGAAACGAGCUGCAGUUACAAACGCUCCAAGAGAAAAUGCAGAACUCAUGGUAUCAAUUCUUGGGCUUUCAGAUUUUUUUGAAGUUGUAAUUGUUGGAAGCGAAUGCGAGCAUGCCAAGCCACAUCCAGAUCCCUACUUGAAGGCUCUUCAAAUGCUCAAUGUAUCAAAAGAGCACACAUUCAUAUUCGAGGAUUCUGUCUCUGGGAUAAAAGCUGGAGUAGCAGCUGGAAUGCCAGUCAUUGGUUUAUCAACCAGAAAUCCAGAAAAUUUACUGAUGGAAGCAAAACCCAUUUUCCUUAUAAAGGAUUAUGCUGAUCCAAAGUUGUGGGCUGCGUUAGAAGAGCUUGAUAAGAAGGAAGGUAGAGGUAAAAAUGAAGCUUGAGAAAUUACCUUUCAUCUCAGUAAAAAUGAUGGGAAAAGUCUGUGGUAAACUGUCAGAUUUGAAUAAUUCUUUGAGGAAUGUUUUGAUCCUCGCACCUUUGCCUAAUACGUAAUAUUACAUGAAAUUUAGAUCCUCCAUUUGUAAGUGAAAAUGGCCAAGUCCAUUUCGUUAAAUAUCAAGUACACCGUAGAAAUCAUAAUUACUUGGUUUAUGCUUUUAUUUCUUGCUCUUUCCUGUUGUAUUAUUAUUAUUUUUUAUAUGGCAUGACAUCAUUCUCGAAUAAUAGAAUUAAACCGAGCUUCUAAAGACA